UUGGAUUUAAACAGUAAAGGUUAAUAAGACAGGUGAGCUAUUGGGGAACUCGAGAAGCAGGCUGCUGAGGCUGCAGGAGAAUUUGAUCCGCAGACACUUUGGAAACUCAAGCCUCCUUGAGCACAUCCAGCCCUGAAUAUAUAAGGCAACAAUCAGCAGCCACUGCAGAGUUUUAUCUUUUGCUGCUGCUGCUGCUGCUUUGGACCUGGACAGAGAGGAGCACAUAUCUGUGACAGAGAACCGACAUGUCACUCUCUUCCAUCCUGUCAGCUGAGGCCAUCGAGAAAGCCGUCAAGGACUGUGAAGCUCCGAACUCCUUCUGCCACAAGAAGUUCUUCCAGCUCUGCGGCUUGUCCUCUAAGACGCCCAAGGAGGUCAGGGAUGUCUUCCAGAUCAUCGACGAGGACAACAGUGGCUACAUCGAGGAAUCUGAGCUCAAGUUCUUCCUGCAGCGGUUCGUCCCCGGAGCGCGAACUCUAAGCGAAGCAGAAACCAAGAAAUUCAUCUCAGCAGCUGAUGAUAACAGCGAUGGCAGAAUUGGAGCAGACGAAUUCCAGACUAUGGUCCUGUCCUGAGUUUUCCAAGUUUAAUACGAUCUUCACUGAUUCCCCAACAUCUGAUGGUUGCUUCUAUUCCCAGGAAUUUCAGUUGCUUUCUAAUAAACUCUGUGUGCGUUAAUCAUUUUUUAAUUACUUUCUGUCAUUGUAACGCCUUCUAAUGUGUCUUGACAUUCCUCUUGUCUAUGAAUGGCAUGAAUAAACAUAAACAAAUGGAAGCAGA